CGAAACAGAUCUUGGGAAGCCUCUACUACAGCCUGCGACCAGGAACGUGAACUCGAUCGCUAGGGAGAGCUGGUCAGCCUAAUAAUAACAAUGGACAACCUCCUGGAGCCCCCAACCACCUCGGUGCGCCCUUACCACCCGCACCACUGCCACGACCUGGCGCUACAAAAGUACCUUCUCCUCCACGAGCAACACGAGUCGCUGCGGCAGCACCUCGACGAGCUGCGGCCGACAGUAGCAAGCCAGAACUCGAUCUGCACGCCCGUCUCGCCGAGCCCGGCCGUGUCUCCGACAACGCGCAGGUCCAUAUCCCGCUCGCCUGACGACAGAUCAGCGAACGACUCGUCCCCCCAACACGCUUUCUCGCUACCCGUCCAGAGGAGUGGCUCAUGCCCCGACAGCAACAGCAUCUUCCGCCACUACCACCACCACCACCCCCCAAACCAUAACAUCAACCACAACAGUAGCAGCAACAAUGAUGCUGCGCUAUCCCCAGCCGAGCUGCUCGCGGUCGAGGAGGCCAAGCUGUGUGGCGUCAACGAGGGCAUGAAGCGCGCGCUCACCGAGCUGCUCAACUGCGAGGCGGUGCGUGGCGACCAUGCGUUCCGCAUGUGGGUCCAAUGCCGGCUCAUGGACACGGAGCGGGAGCUGCGGAGCGGCAGGCGCCGGCGGAGCGCCCCCGGGUCGUAGUGCAUACAAAUGGUAUGUAUAAACCUGUGCAUGUGCCUGUGUACAUGCAAUGAUGGACGGCCCGGACCUACACGCUGGGAGAGCGAGAGUAUCCAAACAUUACUGUUUUUUUGUGAGUGGAAGAC